AUGAGGGAGGAUUUGGAGGGUCUCGAUCAACGAAAAGAUACUUACACCUACCAAUAUCCUGGAAUCAACUCGAAGGAAUUUAAGGAUUUUUUAAGUGGAAAGUCAAUUACGCUGCUUUUCACCGCAGUUAAUUCGCCGUUUUCAAAUGGACUUAACGAAAGGCUGAACCAAACACUAGUAAAUAAAAUAAGAUGCAAGAUUAAUGAGAAACCAAAUACAACAGCAUGGACAACAAUUGCUCAUAACUGUGUGAGUAAAUAUAAUGAUACUGAACAUACAGUUACUGGCUUUGCGCCGAGAUACCUGCUGGAUGGUACAGAUGUCUCGUUCCUACCAAAUGAACUGAAAUCAGGAAAAAAGACAGAUGAUUGGGUAAAGGACAGAAAAAUUGCAUUUGAAAGAUCAAUUUUAUCACAUGAAUAUAAUAAGAGAGUGAUGGACAGAGAUAGAAAACAUUUUAAUUUUAAUAAAGGUGAUAUGGUAUAUGUUGAAAAUGGACAUAAAUUAAACAGGAAAAAAUUGGAUGAGCUAAGGAUUGGACCGUUUAAAAUUGAGGAAAAAAUAUCACAAUCAAUAUACAAGAUUAAUACAGGUCAUAAGAAGUUGGAGUCAAAUCUUUUCCAUAUCACAAAGCUCAUUCCUAUUGCUACACAGGACGAUGAUGUGAAUUGUUUAUCCCUAACGUGAAUGUGUGGUUACUUAGUGAAAAUUUUCAUGGGAAAAUUUUCCUACCUAGGGGGGGAGAUAUAAGAGAAUAAAUCCUCUUUAGUUGUUUUUUUAAUUAGGCAGAGAGCAGAGCUACUUUUCUUUUUCAUGUUGACAUGUGACAUGUGACAUCUGACAUGGU